CAAUCUCAACCUCAUCGACGUCCGUCCAUCCCGUCGACGCUGUUCACUCCCGCUGCCAUUGCCAUCAUACUCCCCCCUCUCGCCCACUGUCCGUCUGUUAUGGCGUCCCCCGUGUCUGUCUCCAGGCUGAUCGCCUACCGUCGUGCUGCGCCCUCCCUUUUCUCCUCCCUCCGUCCUCUGGGCCCCAUCGCCGGCUUCUCCUCCUCGGCAUCCAGAGCUGCUACACCCGCCGGCCCCCCUCCGUCUGGCUUCCGUUUGCCCCCUCCAAAGAGAUGGGACCAGAAUCCAGAGUCCUCGUUGGAUAGUGCCAGCAAAUACUUCCUACUAGCAGAGAUGUUCCGCGGCAUGUAUGUCGUGCUGGAGCAGUUCUUCAGACCACCUUACACUAUCUACUACCCCUUCGAAAAGGGCCCCAUCUCUCCGCGCUUCCGUGGCGAGCACGCCCUGCGCCGCUAUCCUACUGGUGAAGAACGUUGUAUCGCCUGCAAGCUUUGCGAAGCCAUCUGCCCCGCCCAGGCUAUUACCAUCGAGGCCGAAGAGCGUGAGGAUGGAAGCCGUCGCACGACCAGAUAUGAUAUCGACAUGACCAAGUGUAUCUACUGUGGAUACUGCCAGGAGAGUUGCCCUGUGGAUGCCAUUGUUGAAACUCCCAAUGCUGAAUAUGCUACCGAAACCCGUGAAGAGCUGUUGUACAAUAAGGAGAAACUGUUGGCGAAUGGCGACAAGUGGGAGUCGGAGAUUGCUGGUGCCAUCAGAGCUGAUGCCCCUUACCGAUAAAAUAUAUCGGAAUAGAUGAUUCUGUUUAUUAGCACGUUGACCACUUUGGAUUUCAGACGCUGUGGUUGAGGGAUGGGAAGAUAAAAAGGGAACCCAUCCGCAAGAGAACUACUUACCCCCUUCGAGGAUGAAAGCAAGUCUUUUCUUUGUCAUAUUGUAAACGAGACCAUCUUCGAACCUUCUUCGCUUAUUCUUUUUUUUUUUUUUUUUUUUCCUGUACAUACAAAUAUACAUACCCAAUAUGCUCUACUGGCCUUCGUCAGACAGGAUGCUUACUACCUGCUGCUUUAUCAUAUAAUGUCCUAAGACGUCACUGCAGGUGAAUUU